AUCAUCUGACCCGGAAGUGAAGGAUGACGGAUAAUUUUCUUAAUUCCUAAACUUCAGUUAUCUCGUCUUUUCUUAUUCAGAAACUGUAAAAUAAAUAAACAAAAAGACUGAACACUGAAGUAAAUUUAUUUGAGAUAUAAAUGACAAAAACUCAGUGUUUGUAUCUAGUUGUUGAGCAAUAUUGUGACGUUUUCUUUAUGUCUGUGGUGUUUAUGUGUCACGGAGCUCGCGCUUUGUUUUGCUUUGUGCUAGAUCAAUCUGUAGCCUUUAGCGCGCGCGAGCUGACAGUUUAACACAUGAGCGUAUCACUUGUAGUGAUCCGUCUGGAGCUCGCGGACCAGUCGCUCAUGCCACAAGGUUUUCAGUACUGUGCCGAUGAGAUGUCUGAAGAGGAGAUGCGAGACAAGGCCCUGGCCUCGGCCAGGAUGGCACUCGGGGGCAAGACGGAGAUAGAGAAGGCCGCCAUCCUCCAUCAGCACAUGGGCAGCCGGGCCAUGUCAGACAUGGUGAUUGAGACUCUUAUGGCGAGCUCAGAUGUACCUGAGGAGAAAGGGGGAGCGCAGUCGACCGAGGAAAGUGGCAGCAGUAAAACAGAGGAGAGCGAUGCCACAAGAGUCCCCGAAUCGCCCUCCAAACAACUUCCAGAUCAGAUCUCUUUCUUCAGCGGCAACCCAUCUGUGGAGAUUAUCCAUGGCAUCAUGCACCUCUACAAGACAAACAAGAUGACGUCAUUGAAGGAGGACGUGAGGCGCAGCGCCAUGCUUUGUGUGCUCAGUGUGUCGACAACAAUGACCAGCCAUGACCUCAUGAAGUUUGUGGCACCUUUUAAUGAUGUCAUGGAGCACAUGAAGAUCAUCCGUGAUUCUAUGCCCAACCAGUACAUGGUGCUGAUAAAGUUUGCCACCCAGGCUGAUGCUGACAGCUUCUAUACAACCUGCAACGGCCGGCAGUUCAACUCCAUUGAGGAUGCUGUGUGCCAGCUGGUCUAUGUUGAGAGGGCUGAGGUGAUCAGGUCUGAAGAGGGGGCCAGUUUACCAGUGAUGGACUUGACUGAGCUGCCCAAAUGCACGGUGUGUCUGGAGCGCAUGGACGAGUCGGUGAACGGUGUACUCACCACCCUGUGUAACCACAGCUUCCACAGCCAAUGCCUGCAGCGCUGGGAGGAUGCCUCGUGCCCUGUGUGCCGGUAUUGUCAGACCCCAGAGACCGUGGAGGAGAAUAAGUGCUUUGAGUGCGGCGUGCAAGAGAACUUGUGGAUCUGCCUGAUUUGCGGCCACAUCGGGUGCGGACGCUACGUUAGUCGCCAUGCCUACAAGCAUUUUGAGGAAACACAGCACACCUACGCCAUGCAGCUGACCAACCACAGAGUCUGGGAUUACGCAGGAGAUAACUAUGUGCAUCGGCUGGUGGCCAACAAGACGGACGGCAAAAUCGUGCAGUAUGAGUGUGAGGGUGACUCCUGUCAGGACGAGAAGAUCGACUCACUACAGCUUGAGUAUUCUUAUUUGCUGACCAGCCAACUGGAAUCACAACGCAUCUACUGGGAAAAUAAAAUCGUUCAUCUAGAAAAAGAAACAGCGGAAGAGAUCAACAAUAUGAAAUCCAAAUUUAAGGAGACGAUCGAGAAGUGUGACAACUUGGAGCUCAAGCUGAACGAAUUAACCAAAGAGAAACAGACCAUGGAGAAAAAAUGCUCACAGUUGAACAACAAGGUGGCCAAGCUGGGCCAGGAGCUACGGGAGGAACAGGAGAUGAACCGAUGUCUGCGAGCCAAUCAGCAGCAGCUCCAGACGAAGCUGCAGGAAGAGGAGAAUAGAGGUAAGGAGGUCAUCGCUAAGAAGGACGCCCAGAUUGCAGAGCUCCAGGAGCAACUGCGUGACGUCAUGUUCUACCUGGAGACACAGCAGCAGAUCAGUCGCAUGCCCGCCGAGGCACGGCAGGAGAUCCAGGAGGGCCAGAUCAACAUCGCCUCAGCCCCUGCAGCAUCCGUGCCAGGACCCUCCACACACAGCACAGGCAAGACUACUUCAAGAAAAGGGCGGGCCAAGAGAGGGAAGUAGCCAGUCAGCGUUGUGGGCUGGGGUAAAUAACAGUUUGUAAGGUGAGGUUUAUAAGAAGUGCCACCAUGGGACUGUAGACUAAAAGUUUUACAGGCUGCUGCUUUAGUCAGUCCACUCCCUAGAGUCCUGUAAUUGGCACCUUUUCAUACAAGAUAAGAGGUCGGAGAAGAUGACUGUAUUUAAAGCUAAUGUAAAUAUUACACUGUAGGGUGACUUGUUUGGUAUUCUCAACACUGAGCUCGCAAAUUUCCAGGUACAGCAAUUCGAGUUGUGUAAUUAUAGGAGUAUUACUAGUCCGUGUUAAUUUGAAUAUGCACUUCUAAAUAUUUGUUUGUGCCUAGAAGAGACCUAUUUUGUAUUUCUUUAAAUUAAAAAAAGGAAACUAUUAUUUAAUGUAACCUGCGAGCUGAUACGCUGGAAAAAUAUUACGCACAACAUUAUGACUGUUAAAGAUUUAAUGCAAGGUGACAUUUGAACACACCUGACACCAAAAAUGACCAGUCAUGCCACACAACUGCAGUACAGCUCUACCCAGAAACCUACACUGUCAACACUUAUUAUUAUUAUUAUUAUUAUUAUUAUUAAGCCCUGGGAAUGUAACUGCAUCCAUCAAAGAGGCCAUUCUGGACUGUAGCCAUCUACUGUUGCUAUACCUUUUUAUUUUUUGUUGUUGUUUUUUUUUCUCCCAAUACAUUAUUUAUAAUGCAUAGACUAAUCCCAAAUAUGGAGUUACCCAUUGACAUCACUUAGAGAAGUUAAAAUAUUACUGGCUGUAAUUAGUCAUGCCACUUUUCCCCUCUUAAAUUGGUCUAAAAUGAUUUGGGCUUUAGCCAGUAGUGACAAAUAAUCCAGUAAUCAUGAGCCAGAAAGCCUUGGAAAACAUGCUCUCUACGUAAUACUUCCAUGCAUUUUUUCUUUACUUAUUAGUUAAGUUAUUGAUAAGUUAAUAUUCUGUACAAACCUUUUUUCUUUUCUUUGUAUUUUCACAAUCAGUGUAAGAUUCAUGGCACUGGCCAGACUGACUUAAACUCCUCCGUCAGAAGGGACCUGUGCAUACAGGUGCAUAGAAUUUCAGAUCUUAAUAAUGUUUUAUAAACAAGUGCCUUGUUUAUAACACAUAGUCCACAAGGAACCUUUAACACAAAGACUUUAAACAGUUUUUGAUUGUGUGCAUCAUUGGAAAGGAGGAAAUGAGCAAUCCCCUAGCACAGAUACAAGCAGGAUCACAGUGGUGCACUCGUGUUUCAAGUCUACAAAUAUUUCAUUCAACAUCUAAUAUUCAGGCAAACCUACACACUUCAGUCCAGGUACACCAUGUAAGCAGUGUUGCCUCUUUAUGACUGUCCUUAUUAUGUUCAGAAUUAGUUACAUGUUAAUUGACUAUAAAAAUACAGUUGAUCAUUAAUCCCCAGUCAUAUUUGAUGUUUAUAUUUCAGAGCCAGAACCUGUUAAUUACAUUUUACAUUUGCAACAAUAAUAAUAAUAAUAAAAAGUUAAUUCCUGA